AUGUCCGUGUCGGUGAACAACUUGGAUGGUAAGCUGGACGUGGUAGACAUCACCGCGUUGAGUGCUGCGUAUGAGCCGGAGGAGGUGCUCGGCGAGGGAACGUACGGCAUCGUGUUCCGAGCCCGCAACAAAGCGACCGGAGCCAAGUACGCCAUUAAAAAACUCCGACUAGACGGCUUCUCUGAAGGCGUGCCAGCGACCACUAUCCGCGAGGCGACUCUCUUACACGAUCUCAACGACAACCCAAAUGUGGUGAAGCUUCUAGAUGUCGUGUGCAGCGACCAUCGCGUCUACCUCGUUUUCGAGCUGCUUGACGAAGACCUCCGCAGCUUUAUCAAGCGGUACCGUCCCGUCAGCGGGCAGAAACCCACAAAUGGGACAGCGGUGCCGCUUCACCUUGUGCGCGAGUUCACGCGCCAGAUGCUCUACGCGUUGUGGACAUGCCACAACAGCCGCAUUUUACAUCGAGACCUGAAGCCGGGCAACAUCCUCGUGGCAAACUACCGCGACAGGAAUGGGCAGACGAAGUUCUACGUGAAGCUGGCCGACUUUGGGCUAGCACGCAUGUUCGAGAUGUCAGUGCAGACAUACACGCACGAGGUCAUGACAUUGUGGUAUCGCUCCCCCGAGAUUAUUCUCGGCGAUCGUCAUUACACGCCGGCGGCAGAUGUGUGGUCGGUGGGCUGCAUCGUCGCAGAGAUGAUUCUCGGCUAUUCCCUCUUUCGUGGCGAGAACUGGCGCGACCAGCUGGACAAGGUCUUCUACGUAGUGGGCACCCCGACGGAGCAGACGUGGCCGGGCGUCACGAAGCUGCCUGGCUACGACCGCAACUUCAAAGUGUACCACGUGGCACCCCUGCCGACGCGGCUGCGCGACUACGACGAGAAAGCGGUCGAGUUCAUUGCCUACUUGCUUGUCACAAACCCAAAACUUCGGCCCACCAUUCCGGAUAUCCUGGAACACCCCUUUAUCAAGGAUGCGUAG